CAGCAAUUUCGGUUGCGCCCUGGACCUGCUAGUUCCUGGUCGGCUUGUAGGCCCUCAGCGCGGCGAGAAGGGAGGGCGAGGGGCCGGAGUGCGAGGAACUGCUGCGGAGAGCGGAGGAAGGGAGGGGGCGGGCAUGUCGCCUGGAGUCGUGUAGCCCCCGGAGCAGCGCCACCAACACCACCCGCCGCCUCCUUCUCCUCAUCAUGAUCAUAGAGAACGUGGACGCACUCAAGUCCUGGCUGGCUAAGUUACUGGAGCCAAUAUGUGAUGCUGAUCCUUCAGCACUGGCUAACUAUGUUGUGGCAUUGGUGAAGAAAGAUAAACCAGAGAAAGAGUUGAAGGCUUUCUGUGCUGAUCAACUAGAUGUCUUUCUACAAAAAGAAACAUCAGGUUUUGUCAAUAAACUCUUUGAGAGUCUGUAUACCAAGGAUUACCUAGCCCCCAGUGAACCAGCAAAACCAGAGCUGAAACCUGCAGGUCAGGGGAAAGAAGAAAUCAAAGAAGAGACAUUUCAGGAAUCUUUUGAAGAAGAGCGGGAGAACAAAAAGAAGAAAUACACUAGCCCACAGAAAAAUCGUUCAGAUCCUAAUGAGCAAAGUGUGUGUGUUUUUAGCAGGAAUAGAGAGAGAAAAAGAGAUGAUGGUAAAUGGAGAGACUAUGAUAGAUACUACGAGCGGAAUGACCUGUACAGAGACAAAUACGACUGGCGAAGGGGAAGAAGUAAGAGUCGCAGCAAAAGCAGAGGGCUCAGCCGGAGUCGCAGUCGCAGCCGAGGGAGAAGUAAGGACCAGGAUGCAAACAAAGACAGGGAUACAAACAGAAGUGUUGAGCACAGAGAGCGAGCUAAAUUCAAAUGUGAAAGGAGUGACAUGGAGAGCUCAUACAACUCAGUGUCUUUGUCUUCCAUUAACCCUACUGAGCAGUAUUCCUCUGGAGCACAGUGUAUUCCCAGUGCUGUGACUGUGAUUGCACCUGCUCACCACCCUGAAAACACAACAGAAAGCUGGUCAAAUUACUACGGCAAUCACUCUGCUCCUAAUUCCUUUGGCAGGAACGCACCGCCAAAGAGGCGUUGUCGAGAUUAUGAUGAGCGGGGUUUUUGUGUCCUUGGGGACCUCUGUCAGUUUGACCAUGGAAAUGACCCACUAGUCGUAGACGAGGUAUCUUUGCCCAGCAUGAUUCCUUUUCCUCCACCACCACCGGGACUUCCUCCUCCUGGGAUGCUGAUGGCACCCACACAAGGCCCAGCUCAUAGCAUGCGAAUGCCAGGCCCACAAGUGCAUCCUCGGCCGCCACCACCUGUUCGGAUUCCUAUGCCAAGGCCUCCUUUAUCACAGUCCAGUUUGAUCAACAGUCGCGACCAGCCAGGGACAACUACAGUGCCUAGCCUUGCACCAGCAGGAGCAAGACUACCUCCUCCAUUACCCCAAAACCUACUAUAUUCAGUAUCAGAACAUACAUAUGAACCAGAUGGCUAUAAUCCAGAAGCCCCUAGUAUUACCAGUACAGGUAGAUCUCAGUAUAGGCAAUUCUUUUCAAGAACACCAAUGCAGCGUCCAAAUCUUAUUGGAUUAACAUCUGGGGAGAUGGAUACAAAUCCAAGAGCUGCUAACAUUGUCAUCCAGACUGAGCCUCCAGUUGGCAUUCCAAGUAACAGCAGCAACAUGUCCAGGGUGGUGCUUGAGCCGGACAACAGGAAGCGAAUUUCAAACACAAUAGAAGGACCGUCUCCAAAGAAACCCUGGGCUGGAAAGCAAGCAAAUAACAACCAAAAUAAACCAGGAUUCCUGAAGAAGAACCAGUAUACAAAUACAAAAUUGGAAGUUCGUAAAAUACCACCAGAACUGAACAAUAUUACUCAACUUAAUGAACAUUUCAGCAAAUUUGGCACAAUUGUGAACAUCCAGGUUGCUUUCAAGAAUGACCCUGAAGCUGCUCUAAUUCAGUAUUCAACAAACGAUGAAGCCAGAAAAGCUAUUUCAAGCACAGAGGCUGUGUUGAACAACCGGUUUAUACGGGUCUUGUGGCACCGGGAAAACAGUGAGCAGCAGCCACUACAGCCAUCCCAGCAGCACCAGCAGCAGACGCCUCCACCGCUUCCUCACCAGCUUCACCUGCAGCAUCCAAUGCCAACACAGGCUCCGGCUGUAACAGUUCACAGCAGUAUGCCAAAGGUGACUAAGCCAAUGCCAGCGGGUGCCUAUGUCCUUAACAAGGUUCCAGUUAAGCAUCGGCUUGGAGCCAGUGGUGGAAAUCAGCCAGACACUCAACAUCUGAUGCUUAACCCGUCUGGUGCAUCUGCAGAGGAGGCUCAGGUAUUUCCUACAUCAGCUGGCCACACAAAAAUGGUUUACAGUUCCUCCAACAUGAAGACAUCUAUGAAAUCUGGUACAGGAAACAAAUCUCAUGAUGUCCAAGAAGUUCUUAAAAAGAAGCAGGUAACUGCAUAUUUUUGCAAUCUGUUAACUGUAAGUUUGGAAAAUACAAUAUGAUGUGUGGCAUUUUUCCCGUUAAUGUUGAAUGAUCCAUCUAUUACGUAUCAUGUAGCUGGACACUUGGAUAGUGCUUUUAAAAUUUGGAGCAGAUUGAUGUAGAAGCCACCCAUGGCAACUGGUGAUACAGCUAAUGCAACUUCAUUGCGACUUUAUUGUUUAAGGAGUCGGGAAGGGUUAAUUACAAGUAUCCAAUUACUUCCCAACUGUGCCUGCUGCCCAUGCCUUUUCCUCCCUGCCCUUUGCUCUUGUCUGCUGUCAUGUUUCCCCCGCAGCCGCAGCCGUGCUCACUUGUCCACUUGCCUGUUCAUGUUAUAGAAAAAUGCAGCCAGGGAGGUCAGCGUUUGGAGCGAGGAGGAUGCGACGGAGAGGGAUGCGUCUCCGACCCAAGGUCACUGAGCUGGGGAAGGAAAAUUGCUUAGCGUAGCAAGAGUUUUCUGUUGGUUGGGAGCCAGAGGAGAAAGGGUCUCUGGUUAGCGGGAAAUGAAGAGCAUCCCCAGCACCAGCCGUGGAUCUGGCGGAGGAUUUCUCUUUCAGAGCUUGACCAUUGGAGAGAAUAGUUGGCUAUGGCUUGGAUGGGAAUGCUGGCUGGGAAAACUUUGCUUUUUCCAAUUCCCAAGCUGAGUUAAUUGAAUGCAAACUCCCUUUGCCCAUUGAACCCUGGGAGGAGAAGAGAGAAUACAGAGAAGGGAUUCCCCAAAAUACAAAUGCAAGAGGCCACUACAACCAGAAAUAUAACAUCAUACAGUAGAGUCUCACUUAUCCAAGCCUCGCUUAUCCAAGCUUCUGGAUUAUCCAAGCCUCGGCUUAUACUGGAGUCAAUGUUUUCCUAGUUUUUUUGUGGUAAAAUUAGGUGCUUUGGCUUAUAUUCGGGUGGGCUUAUACUCGAGUAUAUAUGGUAAUCAAUUUGUUACAAACACACAUACACUCACAGAAAGCAAAACUCUUACAUUCAAGGUUUGUGAAUUCCUUUGCUUUCCUAUAUAAGGAAGAUUUUGGCUUAGAGACAUGUAUUUUGAAGCAUUUAGUAUAUUUUGAAUCUCUACAAUCCUUGUCUGUAUAUUGAAUGUUCUGUGACUAUAGCAUAUAUAGGAAAUACUGUCUUAUAGUUUAUAUUAUGAUAUAUUUGUGGUUAUAGUGGCCUCUUGCCUUAGGAAAAGAGAGAAACCAGGACAUUUUAAAAAGUUUUUUUAAAUCGUGUCAGAAGCAACUUGGAAACAUACUGCAAGUUGCUUCUGGUGUAAGAGAAUUGACUGUCUACAGAGACGUUGCCCAGGAGAUGCCCAGGUGUGUUAUCAUCCUGCUGUGUUCCAUUAAGUGCUGUUUGUCUGUACAGUAGAGUCUCACUUAUCCAACAUGAACAGGACGGUAGAACGUUGGAUAAGUGAAUAUGUUGGAUAAUAAGGAGAGAUUAAGAAAAAGCCUAUUAAACAUCAAAAUAGGUUAUGAUUUUACAAAUUAUGCACCAAAACAUUAUGUUUGACAAGAAAUUUGACAGAAAAAGUAGUUCAUUACACAUUAAUGCUAUGUAGUAAUGUAUUUACGAAUCUAGCACCAAAAUAUCACAAUGCAUUGAAAACAUUGACUACAAAAAUGCCUUGGAUAAUCCAGAAUGUUGGAUAAGUGAGACUCUACUGUAUUUGCUUUUAAUUACUGCGUUUCAAUAUUAACAUCGUCAGUACAAAGUACGGUAGAGUUUUGCUUAUCCAACCUUUGCUCAUCCAACGUUCUGUAUUAUCCAAUACAGCCUGCCUUUAGGUAGUCAAUGUUUUUGUAGUCAAUGUUUUCAAUACAUUGCGAUGUUUUGGUGCUAAAUUUGUAAAUACAAUAAUUACUACAUAACGUUACCGUGUAUGGUAUGAUAUAGUAUAGUAUAGUGUAGUAUGGGUAUAGUAGUAGGCCUAUUUUAAUAGUAACUCUCAAGCAGUCAGAAACUACAUUAAUCCAGCAUCUGCUGGGUGCCAGUUAACCGAGAGUCUCCAGUAUCCGUACAUUGACAGAAAUGCUCAGGUCAAGGCCUUCUGGAAGACAGAGCAUCGUCCCGAAGGUAUUGCUGGCAAUGACAUUGCAAUCUUUUCUAUGCCAGCUCAGAAACCCCGUGUUUGCCCUGUUAUUUUAACUGGUUGAUACGAUCUGUCACCAAGCCAAUCUUUAUUGCAUUUCACCAAAGGCCCUUAGAAUUUAAUAGGCAGCGUUAACAGAAAUAAUCCACAAUAUGGCAAAAAUAAAAUAAAAGACUGUCUAUUUUUGAGCCUCUUUGGAACCGUAACAAGCUGCCCAUUGCAGCAGAUAUAUAAACCCAUCUUUUUAAAAUUAACGAUUUAAAGUCACAAAUAAAAUCCCUGCUCCCAUUUUCUGGCAGUGACAACUACAUCUACUAUAUCGAUGAUAUGAGUUUGUUUCACCUCCAAUAAUUUCCCCUCUAUAAUAAAAGCUUUGUGUAAAUAUA